ACAAACAUGGCGGCCCCCGGUAAAGCGUCCGUUGUUCUGAAGGCGGUAAAGAAAAUCGCCGUCCACUUUUGUCCCUUCGAGGCCAACGUCCGCUCGACGCGGGAAUUCCUGGUGUUGGUGGGCUCGGAGAAGGCCAGAUCGACCAAUUUAAACUGCGAGGUGAUAUCCAUGGUGAAACACGACAAGUCGGAACCUCGAGUGGAUGUCACAUAUGUGGACGGCGAGAGGCUGCUGCUGAAGGGCGCCAAUCUGACCAGCAGGGAGAUGCUCAGCGCCUUCCAGGCCCGAUGCAUGACCAAGGACCCCCAGGCCAAGGCUGCAGCCAAAUAACAGAUAGAAAUAUAUAGAUACUCUGUGUACAUAACUGGAUCAUUUAUAAUAAAAUGUGUAUUAUUUGA